AAAUGAGGACUUCCUUCUCCCCGUGGGUCCGCCCUCCGCUUCCGGUUCCGGGGAGGGCCAAGCUUUCUUGGAAUUGUAGGGGCUCAGUGAUCCGGUGAGGAUGGUUGUCGUGCCGCUACUGUUGUUGGGAGGUUUGUGGAGCGCCGUGGGAGCGUCCAGUCUGGCUGUGGUCACUUGCGGCUCCGUGGUGAAGCUCCUCAACACGCGCCACAACGUCCGACUGCACUCACAUGACGUGCGCUAUGGGUCAGGUAGUGGACAACAGUCAGUGACAGGCGUAACUUCUGUGGAUGACAGUAACAGUUAUUGGAGGAUACGGGGGAAGACUGCCUCAGUGUGUGAAAGGGGAACUCCCAUCAAAUGUGGCCAGCCCAUUCGGCUCACCCAUGUCAACACUGGCCGAAACCUGCAUAGUCACCAUUUCACUUCACCUCUUUCUGGAAACCAGGAAGUGAGUGCUUUCGGUGAAGAGGGUGAAGGUGAUUAUCUGGAUGACUGGACAGUGCUCUGUAAUGGGCCCUAUUGGGUGAGAGAUGGUGAGGUGCGGUUCAAACAUUCAUCCACCGAGGUACUGCUGUCUGUCACAGGAGAACAGUAUGGUCGACCCAUCAGUGGACAAAAAGAAGUUCAUGGCAUGGCCCAGCCAAGCCAGAACAACUACUGGAAGGCCAUGGAAGGCAUUUUCAUGAAGCCCAGUGAGUUGCUGAAGGCGGAAGCUCACCAUGCAGAGCUAUGAGUCUGCAUGUUUCAAGCCACUGUCACCACACAGUGUUCACAGACAUCUGAUGCUGCUUCAUCCUGGGAUCUCUGUCCUAAGUGUCUUGGGCAGUGGCCAGGUCCCCACUGAGACGAAGGUGCAUAGUAGAAAACAAGCUGUUUAGAGGGUACAGCCCUUCACAUUUUAAUUAGUUGUUCUACCUGUCUUGGGUCAGUCUAAGUAGAGGACCUAGUGAAUGGGCAGGUGCUUUUUAUUCAUACUAAUAAGAGAAACUAGGGAAACUUCCCUAGCUGGCUAAUUUGUGUUCUUUGGGAACUUGGCAUUGUGGAUGUUAAUGUCUUUAUUUUCCCUCAUUUUUUUCUUUCUCCAAAAUGAUAAAAAAAAAAAAUGUUA